AUGAAAUUGUCAAAUACUCUUUUUGCAGUCGCUCUUGCACAGUAUGAUUACGACGGAUUUGACUAUUUAGCGACUUCAACCGGAGAUGUUCAAACAACUCCAAUUUCAAUCGACCCUAAUUCAUUGAGCGCGCUCAAUUUCGACCUGAGUGAAGACCUAGGCCCCGAAUCAUCCGAAAUCCUCUCCGUUCUCGCAUCCAUCUCCGGAAACGACGCUCCUCAAGGUCCGAGAGGAGGAUCACUCGGUCGAUCCCAAGGAUUUGAUCCUCGGCGAGUUCCACCAGGGUUCAACAUUUAUGACUACGUCGUCAAUGGACAGCUUGAUGUCCAGGCAUUUCGAGCUGGUCUUUUGGCGGCGAUUCAAGCUCAGAGAGAAGCAGAAUUGGCUGAAGAAACAACCACUACUGGCACCACAACUACCACUUCAACAACAACUACAACAACAACAUCGACAACAUCGACAACGACGACGACAACUACUCGAAGCACUACAACUCCUCCUCCAUCGCUUUCCUUCGAAGAUCUCCUCAGCCAAGUCGAUCUUUCCAACAGCCAAGCCGGCAGUCUACCAGACGCCUUCAAUUUCGAGGACGACGCAGCUGCAGAAAAAGCCUUCGGAAAUCGACCAAAUAUUCUCCCUGAAGCGGCUGAGAAAAACUUCGUCGUUCAAAUUCCUCAAACUUACUGCCCAAAAUGCGAUGGCGUCGACUACGCGUCUUGCAGCGCUAGUACUUACGAAGCUUGCAAUAAUGCUCAGAGCGCUUGUUUGGUCCAAUAUCGAUAUGUAAACGGCGCUCCACUCUACUGGUCCGGCUGCAAGUCUGAACAACCCUGCAUUACUCAACAAGACGAAAACUUCCUCGGCGGCGCUAAAAUUCAUGACAAAUGCAAAUCCAAUCGAUUUCCCUCUCGCUGGCUGAACGGAGCAGAAUGUGCUUUUUGCCUACCAGCUGGUGAUCCACUCAGCAACGACUAUUUCCAAAGCGGCGGAAAUGUUUAUAAAACAGCAGUUAUCAGCGCCGUCCUUUCUGAUCCUGAACAAUAUUUGGACCCCGCUGCAGGAAGCUAUCUCUUCAAUCUCUAA